AUGGCUCCUCUCAAGACCAUCUUCAUUGCACUCCUAGCGAUUGCUAUAGGGCUGUACAAAGUCCAUAUUCAUCUUGAUGCGGCCAAUCUCUUCCCGAAAGUUGGGAGAGCCAUCCAACGUCUCGAUGACUUCCCCGACUAUCAGUGUCGCCGAAUGCGCCACCCGCUAUUGGAGAGUUGCGAGGACGUCUGGCUCGAUUCCGGACGUCGCAGGGUGUAUGCUGCCUGCGCUAAUCCAAUGGUCCGCGUGGCUUGGAGCCCGGGUGGGAACAGUUACGACCUUGCGGGGCGAGCAGCAGGCGGCGGUGGGAUCGACCAUAUUACCGUGCUGGACAUCGACCAGCCGGGGGCUGAUGGCCUACAUGGCGUGCGGGAAUUGAAGUUCCGCGACAGCCAAGGCAAUAUCCAGACACUGGAUUUACAUGGAUUCGACGCGCGCGUUAUCGACAAGGGCCGCCGGGUGCGGUUCUGGCUGAUCAACCACCGGCCGCCCCUGGACCCGUUCACUGGGGCACCCCUGCUAGACGCAACCCAAGUAGGGGCUAAUUCGACUAUCGAUGUGUACGAUCUCGAUCUACAUCACGGUGACAAACUGGAGCAUGUCAAAACCAUUGUUAGCGAGACGAUUAUCUCGCCGAACAAUCUAGUUGUCAUUGAUGACGACGAAGAUAAAGGAGGCUUCCUGUUCACCAAUGACCAUAACACUAAAGUAAGCCCUUCGCGAGACAAGGAGAUUGGUGGAAGCAUUUCCUAUUGUCGCACCGAUACAGGCGAGUGUCAUUUUGCUGCCACGGAGAACUUCUCUUUCCCCAACGGCAUCACGAGGGACCCGUUUUCAGGCCUUAUUUACAUCGCACACUCUGCCCGGGGCACCGUUACCGUCCACCGGGUGGUACACGAUCAGCAGCUGGUCCAGAUUGAUGAGAUAUCUUUAUCUAUGGGAGUCGAUAAUCUGUCUAUAGAUACUGAUGGGAACAUCUUUGCCGCUACUAUUCCUGAUCAUGACCAAUUUAUUCGGGCCUUCCAUGACCCUUAUGGAACAGAUGCCCCCUCUACUGUGGUGACGAUUAAAAAGAAGAGACGUGACGCAGAGGUAUCAUCCGUGAAAGAGGAGUACGAAGUUAUAAAGGUCGUCGAGGAUGGGGAGGCACGAAUCCUGCCGACUACAACCUGUGCGGUACAUGACCCCAUCUCAAGCCGACUAUUCCUGGGAGCCCUGUCUUCCCCCUUUAUGGUGGUCUGUGAGAAGCAGGAAUAA